UUAAAAAAAUAGUAGCUACACAUGUGGUUGAGCAUCAUAUCACAAAAAAACACUCUCUUCUUCCAAGAGGCAGUGGAUAAGGUGGAUUCUCCACUCGAAAUCUUCCAUCUGUAAACACACACACAACACUCAAUCCGACACCGUAUCGAUGCACGCUUCAAAGAUGUUACUACUCCUGUCCCCAUCUCCCACGCCGCUGCUGCCGCCUCGAAACCACCGCCCUUUCACUCACUAUAGGGCGAAACUCAGGCAGCGGCGGCCUCCGAUCAAUCUCCACGCCAUGGCCAAGCAAAGCGGUGAUGAAAGCGUCACCACCACCGCCGCUGAGACGGCCGCUGUCGUCUCCGGAUUAGUUGCUACUCCGGUCAUCGGGUGGUCGCUUUACACUCUCAAGACUACCGGUUGCGGGCUGCCGCCCGGCCCCGGUGGGUCUAUAGGUGCACUGGAAGGAGUGAGCUACCUGGCAGUGGUAGGCAUUGUGGCUUGGUCGCUGUACACCAAGACGAAAACGGGUUCGGGCCUGCCCAACGGGCCAUUUGGCCUGUUGGGAGCUGUUGAGGGCCUCUCGUACUUGUCGUUGCUCGCCAUUGUUGUUGUGUUCGGGCUGCAGUACUUUGAGCAGGGAUCAAUUCCCGGCCCGCUUCCUAGCGAACAAUGCUUUGGUUGACAUUCGUUCAAAGGAGCCCUGUUAUGUUGGUUUGAAGGGGGCGCUAAUCCUUUCAAUUUGGUGCCAACUAUCAUACCCCCCAAAACAACGCUCAUGGCUCCAGCCAUCAUAGAUGCGAAAAAUCAUUCCUUCUUUUGUUGGAACGGGAGCAACCUGUUUUGCUCGCAUCUACUUGGACUGCAGGAAAGCUUGAAUCUCGCCUAUAGAAGUUGGAAGAAGUCGCUACUAAGUAUGCAUGCAUGCUUGAGAAGUCACGUCCAACAAUUAUUUUGUUCGAGUUGAUGGAUUUUUAUCAAAUUUGGUCUUACCAUCAAAACCUUCUUUUUUGAGAAUUGUCUCAAUUAUAUAUCAUGCUCGACUAAUUAAGUAUAUCGUUUUCAAAGCACCACUUGAUUGGUCAAGAUGGUUGAAAAUAUA